UGAGAGGCGGGUUUUCAAACGGAAGUAAACAGUGAACUCAGAAGCUGAUUGAAUUGAACUUCACGCUGACUCAGAUAAAUUAGAAAAUGUUUAACCUCACAUCGGAUCAUCCGUAGUGCAACAGAAACGCGGGCGGAUUACUGAAAACAGUAUUUCCGGAACGAUUUAACACGGUCAAACAGCAUUAGACCCUAUCGACACAUUGAACACGUGCAGGCGUGCUUCCUGACUAAGCAAUAUCAACACCUGCAGCGGUUUUCGUGAUUAAAGGGUCAUGAACAGCGAGAAUUUCGGCCUGAGCGAAAAGAUCGUCUCAUCUUCAUAUGUUCGCCAGGGGCUGCAGGCUCGUCGCGGUCACGAGCAGCUGAUUCGUGUCCUCUUGGAGCAGGGUAAAUGUCCAGAGGAGGCAUGGGACGAAAGCACCAUAGAGCUGUUUCUGAAUGAGCUGGCGGUCAUGGACAGCAACAACUUCUUGGGAAACUGUGGUGUGGGAGAGCGGGAGGGCAGAGUCGCUUCCAGUCUGGUAGCCAGAAGACAUUACAGACUGAUCCACGGCAUUGGUCGAUCGGGGGACAUCGCUGCUGUUCAACCCAAGGCUGCUGGUUCCAGUCUUCUAAAUAAAAUCGCCAAUUCGGUAGUUCUGGAUGUUCUGAAAUUUACAGGUGUUAGGAGUGCAUCCUCGUGCUUUGUGGUCCCCAUGGCGACAGGAAUGAGUCUCACAUUGUGUUUUCUCACAUUAAGACACAGAAGGCCUGAGGCCCGCUACAUCCUGUGGCCUCGAAUUGACCAGAAGUCCUGCUUCAAAUCGAUGGCGACUGCUGGUUUUGAGCCUGUGGUGAUUGAGAAUGUUCUGGAAGGAGAUGAGCUACGGACAAACCUGCAGGAAGUGGAGAGAAAGAUUGAGGAGUUGGGUGCCAAAAACAUCCUCUGUGUCCAUUCCACAACGUCCUGUUUUGCACCACGAGUUCCUGACAGACUUGAGGAACUCGCUGUUUUGUGUGCAAAGCAUGAUAUCCCUCAUAUAGUCAACAAUGCCUAUGGAGUGCAGUCAUCCAAAUGUAUGCACCUUAUACAACAGGGAGCCCGUGUGGGAAGAAUUGAUGCUUUUGUUCAAAGUCUCGAUAAAAACUUCAUGGUCCCAGUCGGCGGUGCUAUCAUCGCUGGAUUUGAUGAAGUCUUCAUUAAGGAAAUCAGUCAGAUUUACCCAGGUCGAGCUUCAGCCUCUCCAUCUCUAGACGUCCUCAUCACCCUGCUUUCACUCGGAGCCAGCGGCUACAAGAAACUCUUGUCCGAAAGAAAGGAGCUGUACGGCCACCUGGCACAGGAGUUGAAAGCUCUAGCCGAGAGGCACGGAGAGAGACUGCUGCACACGCCACACAAUCCAAUAUCACUAGCCAUGUCCUUGAACUGUCUCCAGGCGCACAGUGAUAAAGCAGUCACCCAGCUGGGCUCCAUGCUCUUCACCAGACAGGUGUCCGGUGCCAGAGUGAUUCCACUUGGUGUGGAACAGACUGUUAGCGGACACACAUUUCAUGGCUUCAUGUCACAUACAGAUGCCUAUCAGUGCCCGUACCUCAAUGUAGCAUCGGCCAUAGGAAUAACCAAAGAUGACGUAACUUUGUGCAUGAAGAGACUUGAGAAAUGCCUUAAGAGUCUUGGGAAAGAAGUGCCUGUAGAGAAGAAUGAUUCUACAUCGCCCCGUGAAGGUUUGGAAGACCAAACGGUUCCCUGAGGGUUUACGGGAUUGUGUAAUUCUCUACACAUUAGCUUUGUGUUUUCUUGAUGUUGUCGUUAUUAUCUUAUGCUUGAAAUUUGUUAUAAUUUGAUAUUUAAUGUAUCAGUUUCUUUUUAACUAAACCAAAGCGAUUUAGACUUGAGUUAAAAGCUCUGAUAAUAAACGCACACAAUACCACGAAUCCUGUUUCGCAAUCUGGCUUUAUUAAAUAUUUACACUGCAUUAGAGAUAUGGGUGAUUCUCACGAAACCACUGAAAUAUCGUGGUAGUAAACAUACAAGUCUGUAACAAAAAAUCAUCAUAAUAAAGAUAAUCGUGUUCUCUACCUUGGACAAAACAUAAUUUGGACAUAGGAAUGAGUUAUUUAUGAAUAAUUUUUUCUGCUGAAAUCCUAAUUUGUCUGAGUGCAUUAUAUGUUGUAAUUUAAACAGAGUAAAAUUAAAAUAUUGUGAAAAAAACAAUGGGAUGUUCUACUAGAUGUUCUCAAAUUACUGACAGAAUAUUCGUGUAUAAUAAAAAUGAAGAAAUAGUGGAAAAAAAGAAAUGUCCAGGACUGAUAUUCUCAUCCUCCGUAACUUUUUUUUAAAGAAUGUUUAAACGCACACAUAGAUAUUUACAUUAAGUUUGAUUUUAUGUGAAGAAAUGCAUCUACUAGUACCCUUUUAAAUGGCUAAUAAGUUAACCAAUUACUUUAUAUUUUUCUAGUAAAAACGUAAUAUUCUCUUGUCAGGCUGCUUACACAAUUGUUUCCCUUCUCAUUACCGAUACGGUAGUUUUCCACAUUUAAAGAAAUUUUACUUGUAUAAUAUUCUAUUAAGAUAAAAUUAAUGUCUUAUGUAUGAUUAAUAAAAACGUGCUUGGGCAUCAUGGCUUCGCUUGUUUUUAGCAAAACAUGCUAUGAGAUUGACAGUUUCAAAUGGUUACGGUAAUGAUCAUUUUUAAGGCCUUUUUUGUAUUUUUUUUACAUCGAGUUAAAUUGUCAGUAAAAGUUUUGAAAUGAAUGUCUUUAAACAUGUCAAAUCUUGUUUUAGAUGAAUAUAAAGGGAAUUUGUUGAAACAAGUGUUUUUAAGAAAUCAAGAUUUCGUGAGAAUCACUCUAAUAUACAUAUUCAAUAAUUCUGUUACGUUGGUAUAAAAACACACAAAAACAUUGAACA